UCGGAUCACCUCCCUUUGGAUCACCUUACUUCGAACAACCUCACCUCGGACCACCUUACUUCGAACAACCUCACUUCGGACCACCUCACUUUGGACCACCUCACUUCGGAUCACCUUACUUCGAACCACCUCGCCUCAGAUUACCUCACUCCAGAUCACACUCCAGAUCAUACCCCCGCUUCGAACCUCAUAUUACCCUCGUCACUUUCUCAUGCCCGUAUCGCCCUAACACAUUUCAAUUGGUGCCCAUGGGUGCCAAAACGACUCCCGUGCAUUUCGAGUCCAUGCAAGUCGGAGACGACUUCCUCGGCUCAUUGUCCAUCGUCACUCAAAAGUCCAGCGAGCUCAUGCAGCUGCGCGAUCGUAUUAUGGACCACCUGAAGGCGAACAACAUUCGAGUCUUGCCAAACCCUUCAUUUCCGCGCAUGUCCUUGUUCUACCUAGAUGAAUCAUUCAAAGGAGAACGUGCGCUUCUUGGCAAACAACUGCGAGAGACAGGAAGAGUCCACGAAAAAAUAGGCGGGGAGAAAAAAUUGUCGCUGAAUUGUGGCGUGGAUGGUGCCGGGCCUGCAUUCGACGCCAUGGUAGGGUUUGAAGGAAUGGAAAUAUGGCUCGUUGAUUGCACUGAAGGAGUGGAAGAUUGGAACGUCCUGGAUAGACGGUAUCUCAAGCCACGGGCGCCCAAGGCCAAGGUCUACGUGAAAAGAGGCGAUCCUUACAUGAAUAUAUUUGGGAGUGAGGGGCCUGAUCCUUACCAGGUCAGAGAAAUGGCGUCCUAUAUUCCGACAUGGGGCGAACCCGGACAUUCUGGUAUAUACGGACCAAUGGCACCAUAUAUUCCUCUGGACCCAAGACAUUAUACGCAUAAUCACGCACAAUGGGAAGACCCGAGGAUGCGAGGCAAUAUGUAUCCAAGUCAGAACAGGUUGGGAUAUGCCUCCAACCUGAAUGGAUACCGGGAACUGGAAGGAUACUUUUGAGUCCACCGGCGGCAUUUGUGCACAUGGCCUGGUAUUGGCUGUAACGCUCCUUGACGGUUUUGACAUUACAGCGCAUGCACCGUGGUCGUACAUCCUAAUCUUCGCAUCCCAGAGGAUCUUAAGAAGACAGGAUUCAGGAUUCCUGCUGCACUUCCUAAAAGCUGUGAGAGUGCAAUUUACUCCUUCGCCGACUGUCGGAUCGAUUACCAUCGCGGUGCCCUUCUCGAGGCAAUGGAAUCGAUGCAUCGAUAUUUGCCG